AUGUUCUACCAUCCAAUGAUGUUUGCGAUCCGCGCGUCUAUCAUCAUGUUCCUGUGGCGCAUGAAGGAUAAGCGAAGGAGGAUCAGGUACUCGCUGCAUGCGGUUUGGUGGCUCAAUAUCAUCUAUGGAAUCAGCACCACUCUCGGCAAUAUCCUUCAGUGUACACCUGUGCAGUAUGCGUGGGCCAGACCCGCCAUGGACACUAUGGAUGCCGACGGCAACCUAGUCAAAGGCGGAACAUGCUUCGACUCUCGCACCUUUGUUCUCACAUCUUGCGCGCUCAGCAUCUUCAUGGACGUCAUCAUCAUCCCUAUCCCCUCCAUCAUGGUCUGGAACCUACAAAUGGAGCGCAAGACCAAGAUGCUCGUCGUGAUCGUCAUGUCACUUGGAUGGAUAGCAACAGGUGUAUCAGUGGGCCGCUUCAUCGUCUACUACUACCGCAUCGCGCCCACCAACAAAGACCGAACGUGGGACAUUGGCGUCUCCAUCUCCAUCGCCGAACCCGCUGUGCAUAUCAUGACGGCCUGCGCACCCGCUACGAAACGUCUCUUCCGCUACCUCUUCCCGUACUUCGCUCGCAGUCGCACAACAGGCAACUACUACGAAGACCGCGUGACUACGAACAAGUCCACUGGCGUCCGGCGCAACUUCAACAGGUUCAGCUUCGGUCUGAACAAGGACGAAGAAGAAGGCGCCGAGGAGAUUGGCAUGGCGCCGAAGAAAGAUGGAGAUGUGGAUCGAGGCUUUGGCAUGAAGCGCUUGAGCACAGUGGACUCGCGGGAAGAAUCCAAAGAAGACAAAUCGAGCAUACAUGUUGCGGAAGCGGAGCCGCAGCACUGCUUGGGACUUGCGAAAUGA